AUGCAUAUCCUCUCCUGUAUCGCCGUCAUCGCUGUAGCGCUCUUUGGCGCAGUACAUGCAGGACAUGAGCAUGCCUCCAGCUAUGCCUCAGUAGUACAGGAAAACAUUCCUCACCACGCGGGUCACGACGAGCACAGCCACGGCUAUGAACACCACGAGGAACACCAUGAACCGCACCAUUAUCCCAAAUACACAUUCGAGUAUGGUGUAAAGGACACACAUACUGGCGAUCACAAGAGCCAGUGGGAGCAUCGUGAUGGCGAUCAUGUUAAGGGCGAAUACACUCUGGAUGAAGCUGAUGGCACUAAACGCAUAGUUGAAUACACAGCUGACGAUCACAGUGGCUUCAAUGCGGUUGUAAAGCGGAUCGGCCAUGCUCAUCACCCUGAGGUGCAUCACCAUGGCGACAGCCAUCAUGGCGAUAGUGGCUACGGGCAUGGACAUUCAGCCUCUAGUUACGUCGAAAUCAAACAACAUCACUAA